CGCAUGUACCGGCGGGCGGGCAGCGGGAGGAGCCGCGGCCGCCGGGCGGGCUGCGCUCCUCCCUCCUCCUCCUCCUCUUUCUCCUCCUCCUCCUCCUCCUCCUCCUCUUCGCCGUCCUCUUCUUCCCCUUCCCCGUCUCCCCGCCUCCAGCGCUUUCCCGCCGCCCGCCCUCCGCGCACGGCGGGUCCCGCCUCGCGCCGCUGCCGACACGGCCGCCGCUGCCGCUGCGGGAACAAAGGAGCGACGCGGCGGCGGCGCGGCCGCCAGCUCGGCGCCCCCCGCGCUCCCGACAGACGCCCGGAGCCGUCCGCGGCGCCUUCUCCGGCACCCGCCGCGGGGUUCUUGGCCCCCGCCGGGAACAGCAUCGAGAUGACUCAGGAGACUAACCAGACCCCAGGGCCUAUGCUGUGUACUACAGGAUGUGGAUUUUAUGGAAAUCCUAGGACAAAUGGAAUGUGUUCUGUUUGCUACAAAGAACAUCUUCAGCGACAGCAGAAUAGUGGUAGAAUCAGCCCAAUGGGAACAAGCAGUGGUUCAAACAGUCCUACCUCAGACUCUGCAUCUGUACAGAGAGCAGACACUAGCUUAAACAACUGUGAAGGUGCUGCUGGCAGCACAUCUGAAAAAACAAGAAACGUGCCUGUUGCCGCUUUGCCUGUAACACAGCAAAUGACAGAAAUGAGCAUUUCAAGAGAGGAAGAAUUAACACCCAAAACAGAGACUGAGCCAGUUGUUACUCAACCGAGCCCAUCAGUUGCCCAGCCUAGUACUUCAGAGAGUGAAGAGAGAGCUGCUGAACUGCCGAAACCAAAGAAGAACAGAUGUUUCAUGUGCAGGAAGAAGGUUGGCCUUACAGGAUUUGACUGCCGAUGUGGAAACUUAUUUUGUGGACUUCACCGUUAUUCUGACAAGCAUAACUGCCCAUAUGACUACAAAGCAGAAGCUGCAGCAAAAAUCAGAAAAGAAAAUCCAGUUGUCGUGGCUGAAAAAAUUCAGAGAAUAUAAAUUAACCUGCUUGUGAAAAGAC